AUGGUGAAAGGCAAAGGCAAAAAGCGUGCCCCAGAUUCUCCGGACUUUAUCCAACACCCACGAAAGUCGCCCAGGAAGCAUCAGCCGUUGCCGCCAAAGCGAGAGCUAUCCCUAAUGUCAACUGAUAUUGAAGAGGACUGGAGCGCUUUAGAGGCCAAUGCCAAAGCAAGGGUAGCAGCAUACGAGCUAACAGACAGACCCUCUGAGAAGCGAUUGAAAUCCGGCCUGAAUGCCUUGAUCAAAUGGCUACCGCCAGGCGGCAGAGAUUCUCUAGCCCGUGAUAUUAUUGAAUCAAAUACAGAUGAUAGACUACAUGCUGUAUUUUUCAACUUGCUCACCGGCCUCGCAGCACCAAUGAAAGCCAGGAGUCGGACCUCUACUGUUACGUCAUCGCCUAUUCCAAAGCGCCAGAAUAAUUCGGAUGCGAUAGACGGAACUCUGGUUAAUCAUAAACACCGAGCUGAAAAAUUCCGGGAGGCUUGCUUCCGUCGGGACGGAUAUCGCUGUGUUCUGUCUAGGUUCAUGGAAACCAACCACUGGAAUUCUAUCAACCAGGACUCAGAGAUGGACCCAGAGACGGACCUAGAGGCGGACCCAGACCCAGAAGCGGACCCCGACCCAGAGGCGGACCAGGAACCUAUCAUGGAUGCGCGGUGUAUCGGCGCUCAUAUUAUCCCGUAUUCUUACGCCUCAUGGACGAAUGGAGAUGAAGAACCAAAUCAACAAUGGGAAGUUCUUUUUCGAUGCUUCCCUAUGCUUAGGAAAACAUCUUUCACUUCCGGGUCUAUAAAUGAAUCUCGGAAUGGUUUAACAUUGACCACCGUGAUGCAUGAUGAAUUCGGUGCUUUUAAUAUCGCUUUCAAGCCCACGGAGGAGCUCAACGUCUAUCAAAUCAAAACCUAUAGCAAGUGCCCUAAUUCUUGCAAGCGCGAUCUACCCAAAAGCCGUAAAGUGAUCUUCAAGGUUGAUACCAAUACCUCCUUUAAAGAUAGGUUAAAGUUUGACUUGACUCUACCUUCCCGGGAACUUUUAGAGUGUCAUUGGCGCCUUGCGGAAGUAUUAAAUAUCUCCGCAAUGGCGGAGGCAGUGGAGCUCUAUUGGAAGGAGUGGGAUACAGUGAAGGUUACUGCACCCCGUGAACUGGACGAGUACGGAAGGACCAAUAUCGAGGAUCUCCUGCAGCCAGCUUUUUGGGAAUAUCAAGUUUCUGGCUAA